AUGAGGCUGGUCAACUCCAGCAGCCGCUGCUCUGGCAGAGUGGAGGUGUACCUUUCUGGACAGUGGGGGACAGUGUGUGACGAUGAGUGGGGUCUGAAUGAUGCCGACGUGGUGUGUAGACAGAUGGACUGCGGUGUUGCUCAUUCAGCACUACAUGGUGCAGCGUUUGGUCAGGGCACAGGACCCAUCUGGUUGGACGAUGUCAGAUGUUAUGGCAAUGAAACAUCGCUAACAGACUGCAGACAUGUAGGACUUGGGUCCCACAACUGUGGUCACUUUGAAGAUGCCAGCGUUAUUUGUGGAGCUGAACCAGAAUUCAACAGCACAACUUUCCCGCCCCCAACGAGACCUCCCUACUUCAACACUACUACUGCCACUACUCCUCCCACUCCAACAUGGAAUGACAGCACAGCAGUUGAGGGGCAGGUCCGCCUGGCCAAUGGAAGAAACGGCUCCUGCUCUGGUAGAGUAGAGAUCUUCCAACGUGGACAGUGGGGGACGGUGUGUGAUGAUUCCUGGGGCCUGGUUGAUGCUCAGGUGGUGUGUAGACAGCUGGGAUGUGGCAGGGCCCUGUCAGCACCAACAUCCGCACAUUUUGGACCGGGUAGCGGGCCUAUCUGGUUGGAUGAUGUCAGGUGCACAGGCAGCGAAUCAAAGCUCUCCGAGUGCAGAAACAUAGGGAUUGGAUCCCACAACUGCCGUCACAGUGAAGAUGCUGGUGUCGUCUGUGAAGCUAGUUCACCAAUGAGGCUGGUCAACUCCGGCAACCGCUGCUCUGGCAGAGUGGAGGUGUACCUUUCUGGACAGUGGGGGACAGUGUGUGAUGAUUUAUGGGAUCUGAAUGAUGCCAACGUGGUGUGUAGACAGAUGGGCUGCGGUGCUGCUCGUUCAGCACUUCAGUUUGCAUCGUUUGGACAGGGCACAGGACCCAUCUGGUUGGACGAUGUCAGAUGUUAUGGCAAUGAAACAUCGCUAACAGACUGCAAACAUCGAGGACUUGGGUCCCACGACUGUUAUCACGGUGAAGAUGCCAGCGUUGUUUGUGAAUCUAGAAAUUCUGGGCCGGUUGUCAAAGAUUAUGUCCGCCUGGCCAAUGGAAGAAACGGCUCCUGCUCUGGUAGAGUAGAGAUCUUCCACCAUGGACAGUGGGGGACGGUGUGUGAUGAUUACUGGGGCCUGGUUGAUGCUCAGGUGGUGUGUAGACAGCUGGGAUGUGGCAGGGCCCUGUCAGCACCAACAUCCGCACAUUUUGGACCGGGUAGCGGGCCUAUCUGGUUGGAUGAUGUCAGGUGCACAGGCAGCGAAUCAAAGCUCUCCGAGUGCAGAAACAUAGGGAUUGGAUCCCACAACUGCCGUCACAGUGAAGAUGCUGGUGUCGUCUGUGAAGCUACUUCACCAAUGAGGCUGGUCAACUCCAGCAGCCGCUGCUCUGGCAGAGUGGAGGUGUACCUUUCUGGACAGUGGGGGACAGUGUGUGACGAUGAGUGGGGUCUGAAUGAUGCCGACGUGGUGUGUAGACAGAUGGACUGCGGUGUUGCUCAUUCAGCACUACAUGGUGCAGCGUUUGGUCAGGGCACAGGACCCAUCUGGUUGGACGAUGUCAGAUGUUAUGGCAAUGAAACAUCGCUAACAGACUGCAGACAUGUAGGACUUGGGUCCCACAACUGUGGUCACUUUGAAGAUGCCAGCGUUAUUUGUGGAGCAGUUGAGGGGCAGGUCCGCCUGGCCAAUGGAAGAAACAGCUCCUGCUCUGGUAGAGUAGAGAUCUUCCAACGUGGACAGUGGGGGACGGUGUGUGAUGAUUCCUGGGGCCUGGUUGACGCUCAGGUGGUGUGUAGACAGCUGGGAUGUGGCAGGGCCCUGUCAGCACCAACAUCUGCACAUUUUGGACAGGGCAGCGGGCCCAUCUGGAUGGAUGAUGUCAGGUGCACAGGCAGCGAAUCAAAGCUCUCCGAGUGCAGAAACAUAGGGAUUGGAUCCCACAACUGCCGUCACAGUGAAGAUGCUGGUGUCGUCUGUGAAGCUACUUCACCAAUGAGGCUGGUCAACUCCAGCAGCCGCUGCUCUGGCAGAGUGGAGGUGUACCUUUCUGGACAGUGGGGGACAGUGUGUGACGAUGAGUGGGGUCUGAAUGAUGCCGACGUGGUGUGUAGACAGAUGGACUGCGGUGUUGCUCAUUCAGCACUACAUGGUGCAGCGUUUGGUCAGGGCACAGGACCCAUCUGGUUGGACGAUGUCAGAUGUUAUGGCAAUGAAACAUCGCUAACAGACUGCAGACAUGUAGGACUUGGGUCCCACAACUGUGGUCACUUUGAAGAUGCCAGCGUUAUUUGUGGAGGUAAAAAUGUCCGCCUGGCCAAUGGAAGAAACAGCUCCUGCUCUGGUAGAGUAGAGAUCUUCCAACGUGGACAGUGGGGGACGGUGUGUGAUGAUUCCUGGGGCCUGGUUGACGCUCAGGUGGUGUGUAGACAGCUGGGAUGUGGCAGGGCCCUGUCAGCACCAACAUCUGCACAUUUUGGACAGGGCAGCGGGCCCAUCUGGAUGGAUGAUGUCAGGUGCACAGGCAGCGAAUCAAAGCUCUCCGAGUGCAGAAACAUAGGGAUUGGAUCCCACAACUGCCGUCACAGUGAAGAUGCUGGUGUCGUCUGUGAAGCAGUUGAGGGGCAGGUCCGCCUGGCCAAUGGAAGAAACAGCUCCUGCUCUGGUAGAGUAGAGAUCUUCCAACGUGGACAGUGGGGGACGGUGUGUGAUGAUUCCUGGGGCCUGGUUGACGCUCAGGUGGUGUGUAGACAGCUGGGAUGUGGCAGGGCCCUGUCAGCACCAACAUCUGCACAUUUUGGACAGGGCAGCGGGCCCAUCUGGAUGGAUGAUGUCAGGUGCACAGGCAGCGAAUCAAAGCUCUCCGAGUGCAGAAACAUAGGGAUUGGAUCCCACAACUGCCGUCACAGUGAAGAUGCUGGUGUCGUCUGUGAAGCUACUUCACCAAUGAGGCUGGUCAACUCCAGCAGCCGCUGCUCUGGCAGAGUGGAGGUGUACCUUUCUGGACAGUGGGGGACAGUGUGUGACGAUGAGUGGGGUCUGAAUGAUGCCGACGUGGUGUGUAGACAGAUGGACUGCGGUGUUGCUCAUUCAGCACUUCAUGGUGCAGCGUUUGGUCAGGGCACAGGACCCAUCUGGUUGGACGAUGUCAGAUGUUAUGGCAAUGAGACAUCGCUAACAGACUGCAGACAUGUAGGACUUGGGUCCCACAACUGUGGUCACUUUGAAGAUGCCAGCGUUAUUUGUGGAGCUGAACCAGAAUUCAACAGCACAACUUUCCCGCCCCCAACGAGACCUCCCUACUUCAACACUACUACUGCCACUACUCCUCCCACUCCAACAUGGAAUGACAGCACAGCAGUUGAGGGGCAGGUCCGCCUGGCCAAUGGAAGAAACGGCUCCUGCUCUGGUAGAGUAGAGAUCUUCCAACGUGGACAGUGGGGGACGGUGUGUGAUGAUUACUGGGGCCUGGUUGACGCUCAGGUGGUGUGUAGACAGCUGGGAUGUGGCAGGGCCCUGUCAGCACCAACAUCUGCACAUUUUGGACAGGGCAGCGGGCCCAUCUGGAUGGAUGAUGUCAGGUGCACAGGCAGCGAAUCAAAGCUCUCCGAGUGCAGAAACAUAGGGAUUGGAUCCCACAACUGCCAUCACAGUGAAGAUGCUGGUGUCGUCUGUGAAGGUACUAGUUCACCAAUGAGGCUGGUCAACUCCGGCAACCGCUGCUCUGGCAGAGUGGAGGUGUACCUUUCUGGACAGUGGGGGACAGUGUGUGACGAUGAGUGGGGUCUGAAUGAUGCCAACGUGGUGUGUAGACAGAUGGGCUGCGGUGCUGCUCGUUCAGCACUACAGGGUGCAGCGUUUGGUCAGGGCACAGGACCCAUCUGGUUGGACGAUGUCAGAUGUUAUGGCAAUGAAACAUCGCUAACAGAAUGCAGACAUGUAGGACUUGGGUCCCACAACUGUGGUCACUUUGAAGAUGCCAGCGUUAUUUGUGGAGGUAAAAAUGGGCAGGUCCGCCUGGCCAAUGGAAGAAACAGCUCCUGCUCUGGUAGAGUAGAGAUCUUCCAACGUGGACAGUGGGGGACGGUGUGUGAUGAUUCCUGGCGCCUGGUUGACGCUCAGGUGGUGUGUAGACAGCUGGGAUGUGGCAGGGCCCUGUCAGCACCAACAUCUGCACAUUUUGGACAGGGCAGCGGGCCCAUCUGGAUGGAUGAUGUCAGGUGCACAGGCAGCGAAUCAAAGCUCUCCGAGUGCAGAAACAUAGGGAUUGGAUCCCACAACUGCCGUCACAGUGAAGAUGCUGGUGUCGUCUGUGAAGCUACUUCACCAAUGAGGCUGGUCAACUCCAGCAGCCGCUGCUCUGGCAGAGUGGAGGUGUACCUUUCUGGACAGUGGGGGACAGUGUGUGACGAUGAGUGGGGUCUGAAUGAUGCCGACGUGGUGUGUAGACAGAUGGACUGCGGUGUUGCUCAUUCAGCACUUCAUGGUGCAGCGUUUGGUCAGGGCACAGGACCCAUCUGGUUGGACGAUGUCAGAUGUUAUGGCAAUGAGACAUCGCUAACAGACUGCAGACAUGUAGGACUUGGGUCCCACAACUGUGGUCACUUUGAAGAUGCCAGCGUUAUUUGUGGAGCUGAACCAGAAUUCAACAGCACAACUUUCCCGCCCCCAACGAGACCUCCCUACUUCAACACUACUACUGCCACUACUCCUCCCACUCCAACAUGGAAUGACAGCACAGCAGUUGAGGGGCAGGUCCGCCUGGCCAAUGGAAGAAACAGCUCCUGCUCUGGUAGAGUAGAGAUCUUCCAACGUGGACAGUGGGGGACGGUGUGUGAUGAUUACUGGGGCCUGGUUGACGCUCAGGUGGUGUGUAGACAGCUGGGAUGUGGCAGGGCCCUGUCAGCACCAACAUCUGCACAUUUUGGACAGGGCAGCGGGCCCAUCUGGAUGGAUGAUGUCAGGUGCACAGGCAGCGAAUCAAAGCUCUCCGAGUGCAGAAACAUAGGGAUUGGAUCCCACAACUGCCAUCACAGUGAAGAUGCUGGUGUCGUCUGUGAAGCUACUUCACCAAUGAGGCUGGUCAACUCCGGCAACCGCUGCUCUGGCAGAGUGGAGGUGUACCUUUCUGGACAGUGGGGGACAGUGUGUGACGAUGAGUGGGGUCUGAAUGAUGCCGACGUGGUGUGUAAACAGAUGGGCUGCGGUGCUGCUCGUUCAGCACUACAGGGUGCAGCGUUUGGACAGGGCACAGGACCCAUCUGGUUGGACGAUGUCAGAUGUUAUGGCAAUGAAACAUCGCUAACAGACUGCAGACAUCGAGGACUUGGGUCCCACAACUGUUAUCACAGUGAAGAUGCCAGCGUUGUUUGUGAAUUGCCACUCCAACCUUCUUCCUUUAUUUGUGGCCGUGAUAAAAUGAAAGUAGGGCUAGAUGUGUCUGACCUGGCUGCCUCUGGUUUGAACGCGUUCUCUGGCAACCUGGAAGCCCUGAACUGCUCCUGGGUCCGUGUGAAGAAUGACAUUGUGUGGUACGAAGUGGAUGUCAUUGACGGUGCCUGUGGAAACACACUGAAGACCAACGGCACACAUGCCAUCUACUCCAACAAUUUAUUUCUCUACCCAAUAAAUGCAUCCUUUGUUGUUCCCGUGAGUCUUCCCUUCUCCUGCGUAUAUCCCCUGGACGCAGACGUCACCCUGAAUGGCUCUAUAAGUCAACGCUUGCCGCCGGAAGAGGGCAUUUUCGGCUCAGGUACCAAAGUCACAGCCUACAUGACUCUGUACCGCAGCGCCAACUUCAUUGACCGUUAUCCAACAGGCCCAGUGACCCUGCCAGUGGGCUCACCACUCUUCAUAAAUGUCGAUGUUGAGAGGAUGAUGAUGAGAGAUCCACGCUUUGCACUUGUUCUCGAGGCCUGCUACGCCACUCCCUCACCAAACCCCCAUGAUUCCAUACAGCACUUUUUCAUCCAGAACAAGUGUGCCACAGACCGCCGACAGGUGUCAGUGAUUGAGAACGGCUCGUCCCUCCGGGCUCGUUUCUCUGCCCUGUUCUUCCUGCUGCAUGAUGAAAGCAUUUACCUUCAUUGUGACCUCAGCCUGUGUGACAGGAAGACCUCCUACUGUGUUCCAUCUUGCACAGGCAGGACACAUCGCUCCGUUUCUGGCUCUGAGACUCUGAAAACUUUCAGCAUCGGACCAAUCAGUUGGGAGAAGUCACCUGAGUGA